AUGGCGGACGCUUCUGAGCUCAAGCAUAUGGUAAUGAGCUUCAGGGUGUCUGAACUACAAGUUUUACUCGGAUAUGCAGGUAGAAAUAAAACUGGUCGGAAGCAAGAACUGUUACAAAGAGCAAUACAACUGGUUCAAAAAGGAGCUUCAGUCCCCAUACAGAUCAAAAUACGAGAAUUGUACAAUCAAAUUUUUUCUUCGAGCAGACGGAAAGUUCCUGGGCGAUCUGAGGAUGAAGGUCUUUCAGGCGGGUAUAACAUAUACGGUGGCCAUGGCUCAAAUGUCAAAUCAGAAGGUCCAAGAUACAGAGGUUCUCGGCCGAUGGACUACUCUACGGCACAACGAAUGGUUGAACAGCCCAGCACAAUGGGGAUUCCUGUACAUCCAGAUGUGCGUCUCAAACAUCUCCCUUUCUACGACUGUAUUACAGAACUCAUGAAGCCCACAAGUCUUGUGCCAAGAGGGACAUCAAAGUUCCAGGAAACACAUUUCAAUUUUCAUUUAACACCACAACAAGCACAAGAUAUCGCCAUGUCCAGAGAUUUCAGACCAGGUGCUAAGUAUGAAUUCAUCACACAAAUACAACUCAGGUUUAGUUUGUUAGAAACAACCUGUGAACAGGAUGAUAACUUUCCGCCAAAUAUUUGUGUGCGAAUCAAUGGUAAAAUGGCACCAUUGCCGAACCCCAUUCCAACGACCAAACCAGGUGUAGAGCCCAAGAGACCUGGUAGACCUGUAGACAUCACACCUCAGUGUCGACUCUCUCCCACAAUGGCAAACCAGGUGGAAAUUUCAUGGGCCACUGACUUCAAUAGGGGGUACUGUGUUGCAAUAUAUUUAGUGAAGCGGCUGUCAUCAGAUACUUUACUACAGCGACUGAAACAGUUUGGGAGCCGGCAUGCUGACCACACCAGAGCCUUAAUAAAAGAAAAAUUGGCUCAUGACCAAGACAGUGAAAUAGCAACGACUAGUCUACGUGUAUCCUUACUUUGUCCACUUGGAAAGAUGAGAAUAACGAUACCGAUACGAGCAAGCUCAUGUACACAUCUACAAACGUUUGAUGCCAUCACUUUCCUGAUGAUGAAUGAAAAGAAACCAACUUGGAUGUGUCCUGUUUGUGAUAAAAUUGCACCUUUUCAUAAACUAUUUAUUGAUGGAUUGUUUGUGGAGAUCCUUAAACAGGCCACAGAUGAUGAGAUUCAGUUUACAGAGGAUGGCAACUGGUGCCAUCUGCAACGCAACAAAGAAACACAUGUGAUUCCUAGUCCUGUUGUCAAAAAGCCUGCCGCAACUGUAGUGGCAGAUACUUCAGAAUCGCCAACAAAGCGACCCAAGAUGGAUGUGAUAGAUCUAACAGAAGACAGUUCAGAUGAAGAUGGUCCAUCAACGUUCCAGUCCAGCUCUCAUGGGUAUCAAUCUACAGGGUGUGUUAGUCCGCCGGUCAUCAGUCUCGACUCCCCAACACCGGCCCCCUCCUCCAUCUCCUCUACAGAGUCGCCACUGGUAUCAUCGCCCUGUUCCAAUUCGUCCUCCUCCUCUACCUCCCCUUCAGCAUCUGCCUCCCCUGGGGCAUCAUCUAGCACUACACAACCCCUAUCUGCUCCCACCACACCUCUUCAGCACUCACGCUCACCAUCACCCAUUCGUUCCCCCAGUUCACAGUCCAGUCACAGUGAAGCCCAGUCAAGUCACAGUGAGGCACAGUCUCCCAGCGACUCUCAGCGGUCCACUCACACCUCACCACCACGGUCCACCCAUACUUCCCCGCAGCAGUCACCCAUAGGAGUACGAGUGUCGCCCGUCACCCCACCAUCCUCUGCACCUUCCUUCCCUCCUUUCCAGCCUUUCCAACCUCCAGUGCAUACCAUUAAUUAUCAACAUUUCACCCCAAUGUCAAAUUUUGACCCGGACUUUGAUGAGUUUUUACGAGGUAUAGUACCAUGGGACCAGUACCGGUAGCCCCUACUGAAAAGGAGGCCAUUGUUUUGUUAUUGUUAUUUAGAUGGAGACACUUAAUUGUUUGUACUUAAGCAGUUUGUUAUGAAAGGUUGUACUUCACAGCUGUAAUUUUCAUCUGUUCUAGUAUUUGCUGUUAAGUGAUCCAUCUGCACACUGUUCAUAUUAUUUAAGUGUUGAUGAUUGCACAUUUCAUAUAAUGCGUGAGUCCAGAUCAACUGUUGGGAUUUUAUAACUGAAUAUACAGGAUAGUGAUAAGAUAUUGACUGAUAGAUGCCUUUUUAAAUCGUAAAAUAUUAGAGAGAAGAUUCAAUAAGAAAUCAGAAAUUCAUGUAAUAGUUUUCUCCGAUAUUAUUUAUGGCAAAAAAAAAGUUUCUUUUAAUCUGGUUAAUCAUUUUUUUUUUUAAUUUGUAUUGCACAUUGAUUGUCCCUCUAGUUAUUCUGGACCCAUGCCCAUGGUUUGUGACACACAGGUCGGUGCUUUUGAAUUUUCCACACACUGUACAUUUAGACAGACAAGAAACAGGAAGCUUUUGGUGUGAAAAGUAUGAUACUGUAUAAGACAGUUGUUGGAUCAAUUCAACUGUCUGCCAAUAGGUAAACACUGUAUAUAUGAAAAUAUAUAUAUUAUGAUUCUCUUUGGUAUGCAAAUGAGUAUGAUUGCUAAGUAUUUGUUAUAGGAAAACAGAAGUUACCGUUGAAAAAGUAUGAGGUGCGAUUGUUAUAAUUUUAUUCACAAUGAUAUCAGGUAUGUCAUGAUUUUCUUACAUAGAUAUGUUCUUGUCACACCAUUCAUUCAUUUCUUAUCCAGAAUCAGCAUUAUUUUAGUUGUUAGAUUUUACAAAUUUGAAUUUUUAAAGAGAAUUUAUUCAUACUAACUAUGAGGGAUCAUGUAAUUCUUUGGUAACAGUUGUCCUACCAAGAACAAUUUCUUUUAUCAUAUUCUCCCGUGAAGUUUUAAGCUGAAUAAAUGUUCUGAUAUCUUUAUUCACUCCACAAUAUGGGUUAGAUCAUGUCUAUAUGGAAGGGAUGUCCUCAGUCUGUAAAAUUGCCUGCUAGAGGUACCUAAUGGUGGUUGCUGAUGAUUUCAAAAUUACUCACCCAGUAUGGUCGAAAUACUCACCCAGGUGAUAGUUACUGAUACCACAAAUAUCCAAGUGACAGUUGCUGAUAUCAGAAACAGGUGACCAUUGGUAAUGUCAGUGUUUUAAGUUGUUUUGCAAGUAGUGGUUGAAGUUAAUAUUUAUUGGAAAAAUUUAGAAAUCUAUUAGGAACUUGAUAAUUAAGACAGUAAUUCUAAAAACAUAUAAGUUAGAUGUGGUAUAGUCAAAAAGGGAGAUAAAUAUAUAAAGUAUAACAUUUUUGACCUGCUUUAGACUAACAACUAGUAUGACAGUUAUGACUUACAGAAUGUGUGUCAAUAUUUAAAUCAUGGACAGAUAUAAGUGAUGAAAUUCUUAACAAAAAAUACAUAAUUAAAAAGUUCUGCUAUAGUGGUGGUGUGUAGUGAUUUUAACAUGGCGGUACAAAUAUCUGCUGGGAUAGUGGGUUUACCAUCUGAUGACAUGUUUUACCUCGUAGAUUUUCCUCCAUUAUCUGAAGAAAAAGAAAAUAAAACACCAGAACAACAUUUCUUCCUUUGUUGGCAUUGUAACAAAAGCUCUACAAUGCUUAUGUUGAUGAUUGGUGAACAUAUAAAUGAUAUAAAAUAAGGUUUAUUUUCAAUACCAGUAUUCAGUCUUGCACAGUAUUUGUCUGUUUCCAUGCACACAUUUAUGCACUCAUGUGUGUCUGUUUUUUUUAAAUAAUGUCCCGCAUGGAUGGAUUUGACUUGGUGCCCUGAGAUAUAUGAUUUUAUACAUGUCGUGGAAGUAGAAUCUUUCACAAUGUGUAAUGGCAUGUGUAUAUUAUAUCCUUCCAUCAUACAACAUUAUUUCUUCUAGCUGUCUUGUCGAAUAACAGUAAAUCAUUAUAGUAUCCUGUUCAUUAUGCAAAAACUCCUACACUUGGCAUGUUAUUCACACUGUAGCAGUUUGAAAGUCAGUUCUAACCAUCAAAACUUCGGAAAACAGGAAAGAAAUGAAAUGAUGUUUUUAUAUUCUUGUCCCAGUCACUAUUUUCUGAUUAUCAUGUAGAACCCUUUAUUGUGUUUUUUGAAGAUUUAACAGUGUACAACUUAGUAUCCAAGAACAUCAAGUGUGACCCACAAAUUUGAAUUCCUUUUAUAUUAUAUGUUCAUUGUAAUUAGCACUGAUGCAUUUUCAUUUCAUAAUUUAUUUUCCCAAACUUUUGCCAUAAUUUCAACUUUCACCUGUGUGGUGAAAGGAUGAAAAUAAGGGAUUAGUUUAAAGUUUGAUGUCAAAGCUGAUGUGUUUUUCUUAUAUUUUGGGAGUGUACCUUUGACAAAAAAGAACAAUUUUAGGUUUGGAAAAAAAACCAAACCAAUUAACUAAUUUCCCAAUAUACAUUACUUUAUUACCUGCCUGAUCAUGUAUACAAAGAGCCCUACUAUAAAUGAAGAAAGCAGAUAAGUUGUAAUGUUUAAGAGGCUUUCAUUAUUAUAUUGAUAUACUUGACAGGAACAAAAAAUUGACAUAUCACCGAGGAGAUCUUAGGUGUCAGAAGUCAAAAGGGAAACUAGUCAAAUGGUGAUCAUGAUUUUAGAAAGUAGUACAGACUUAACAGUAAUAUUAGAUGUAGUGACAUACAUUAUCCUAUGAUACUUUUCUAGUUACCUAACAUAUACUACUAAGUUUAUAUAACACUCUCGUAUAUAUAACACACUCUUGUAUAUGCUUUUGGUGCUCUAAACAUCUUUAACCUUGCCAUCUACUGUAAAAAGAUUUGUGGAGAUGUUUAACAUUUAUUUCAUUUGUAUCUGAUACUCCUACUGUUAAAUGUUCUAAUUUUUGUGGGUUUUUAUUUCCAUUCAUUCCAUGGGAAUUCUUAGUCAACAGUUAAAGAUGGGCAUGAAUCUUAGUAUUGGUUGAUUUCUUGAAUACAAAAUCAAAUACCAGCGAAAUUACAAUUUUCUUAAAAAUUGCAAUGAAAUUCCCCACAAAAAUGAGAUGUUACAGUAUCCUGUAUUUAAUUCAGGACUUUGGCAUACAUAUUCAUAUGAAACUUCAGUUUGAUGAUGAAUUUUGGAAAUGUUGUGGAUGAUAAAUUUCAGAAAUACUACCAUUAUGAUGUGAUUAUUAGAGGAUGAAGUUUCUCAGAUUUUUAAAAUGUUGUCACAUUUGAUUAAUAAGUAGUAAGUCACAAAGUGACAUUUUUAUGCCACGCACUUUUCAAAUUGUUCCUGAAUGGCAAAAGCCUGUUUUAUGUGGAGAUAUUUUUCUCCGGCCCACAAAGAAAUUUUGGUAGGUAUUUGACAGACUGCUUUUAGUCAUCAUUCUGUUCUUCUAUUUAGGUUUUAAUAUGCACUUUUUUUUUACUCAGUUGAUUUGAUGCCAUGGUUUUGUGUGGCAUGUUUUGCAUGAGUAUUAAGUUAGUGGGUUAACCAGAGCAUGAGAGGUUGAUCUACAUCUGCUUUUUACUAACUCAGUGCUGUCUGUGUGCUCUUGUGGUAGGUUAACUUUGGACAUAAUAUGCGCUGAUUAGGUCAUUUGUAUAUUAAGCAUGACAUGUUAGUGCACUUCAUCUUAAUUUAAAAUAUUCAUCAUAUCAUCAAAUCAUUCUCAUUCUUCAUCAGUAGUAUUUCCCUGUGUCUCCAGAUUUUUUUGUGCUGUUUUUCUUCAAGUAUGACUUUUUUGAAUUAUCAAAUAUCAUGAUAGUUAAAUCAAAAUGAAAGUAAUUCUAUAGAAAGUUCAUUAUGCGUAUAUGCUAAACUUUUGAAGAAGUUGGUAAAUUUAAUUCAGGUGUAUAGACUUGCAAUUGUGCCUUCGAUUUUCUUGAAUUUUCCAAAGAAUCAAACAGUGUGAAAUUUAUAAAUUUUCUUUUUAAUGGUAUCUAGUUUUUACCUUUUUUUCACAUAUAGGCAAUAAAUUUGUUGAACUAUGUUACGUAAUAAAAAUUGCAAAUAAGUUUUGAAAGUGAAGGUUGUGGUUAUGUAUUAAACGAAAAAGGUAAAAGAUCCAAAAGUGAGGUACAAUAUUCAGAUUAUUUUCCUGUCAUUUUAACCUCGGAAGUUGAUAUAAAAAUUAAAGAAAACUUAGGGACAUGAAAGGAUAUGUUGAUGUGUGUCUGCUGCAAUAUGAGAACCUGGAACAUAUUGAAAGAAACUUUGUAAAAAUAAGGAUAAUUGUCUUUUAAAGGUUUUAAAGUUUUAUUUCCGAACUACCGUAAUGAAGUUAUUUUGAAAACUGUGAAUACUUUCAUUUUGUAAUGUACUGUUUGUAAAAGGUAUUGGGAGAGAUAAGUUUUGAAGAGACAGAGAGGGGGAAAGAAGGAGGGGUAAGAGAGAGAGAGAGUAAAUAUAUAGUUACAUUAUGUGAAUGAGGUUACAUAUUCAAUAUGCACCAUGUUUUAUGGGUUUGGUAUGGUGAAUAUAUCAAAGGGAUAAUCUCAUACCUGUAAAAUUGUGUAUAACUGAUGUAAAAAUAAGAUAUUGUCAUUAAAGUUUGUUAUAAAUCUGAAAAAA